AUGCAGACUGUAUACCUUGCAAAAGGUAUCGAUUUGGUGUUCGAACAUCUUAACGCAACUGUUUUAUUACCAAAACCCAUCCUUAAUAUUUUCAUCGUCUCCAAUGUCGUUUGUGGCGAUGUUCUUCUACUUUGAAGAAUUCGGCGACGACUCUGCAAGAUCGUAAUCCUCAGCUCGUAGAGCGCCACCACGUGGCGUAGCAGCGGCACUGUGCACUACCAAACACGUGGCUCCAUCCCACUCGCGUCGUCCUCCAAACCCCCCGGCGGCUGUUGAGCCGCUUUUAUCAAGCCUCUCGCGAUGCCCUUCGACUCGAGGAGGCUGCAGGGCCCCGAGGACUCCCAGUCGCCGCUUCUCUUCUGCGCCCCUGCGGCCCCCCGGGCGCUGCUGGACGGCCGAGGCAAGCGGGCCGACGGGCGCGCCCCGGACGAGCUGCGGGCCUCGUUCGCGCGUGCCGGGCUGCUGAGCCAGGCCAAGGGCUCGGCCUACGUGGAGGCGAAGAACACCAAGGUGCUGUGCGCCGUGCACGGACCCAGGGAGGUGUUACGCAGGGAGGACUUUAGUAUGAGCGGCCGCCUCUACUGCGACUUCAGGGUGGCGCCGUUCGCGGGCGCGCGGCGCUGCGAGGCGCGGCCCCCCGGCGGCGACGAGCGCGAGGCCGCCCUGGCCGUGGUGCAGGCGCUGGAGGCCGCCGUGCGCCUCCACCGCUACCCCAAGGCGCAGAUCGACGUCUUCGUCACGGUGCUGGAGGACGACGGCGGGGCCCUCGGCGCGGCCGUCACGGCGGCCUCCCUCGCCCUCGCCGACGCGGGCAUCGAGAUGUACGACCUGGCCGUGGGCUGCUCGGCGCGCCAGGCCGGCGCCGUGCUGCUGCUCGACCCCAGCGCCGCCGAGGAAUACGGGCGGUAUGGGGAGCCGGCCCGGGGCCCCUCGGUCCAGGCGGAGCAGCACGGUGGCCUGACGGUGGCCCUGCUGCCGUCGCUGGACCAGGUCUCGGGCCUGGUGUGCCAGGGCGAGUGGGACGAGCAGGUCUUGCGGCAGGCCGUGCGGGAGGCCGUGGAUGGCGCUCAGCGCCUCUACCCCUUGCUCCAGCAGUGCCUGCUCAGGGCCGUGCGGCGCUCGGUCCGGGCCCCAGAGGCACCACCGGCGGGGCCACCGGCGGGGCCACCCGGGGACGCGGGCAGCGACGCGGGGAUACCCCCGGGGGAGAGCGAGCCCUGAGGUCGCGAACCCCGCCACAACCUGAACUCUUCAUCUCGGCGCAACGUGUCCAGACCAUGGUUGUUCAAUUAUACGUUCGCAUUACAGUUGUAUUGGUCGCCGUUGUUUCAUUUUGCAGUGGCGUUGCAGUUCUUUACCAGUCGCUGAACCACGAUCGUAAUUGACACCCCGGGGGGGUCUGCGCCUUUAUGCUGUAAAGUUUUCCAAGUGAGGAUUCUGCCAGUCGCAGGUGUUUCUUUUGUAAAGAAUAAAAGUCAAAUUGAGUUGUUAACGA